CUUUGGUUGUGUAAUCUGACCAUGUCAAGCUACAUAUUCUGUGAGUAACCAAGAUAACCUGUCUAAAAUUUUAUCACGCCACCUAUUUCCUUUGGUUGUGUUAAUUUUUAGGGUAAGAAAAAAGUGAUAUAUUUUGAAGAAUUAUAUAUCAUGAUAUCUCUAUCCAUCAUUUGCGAAGUGAUACUUUUUGAUGAUAUAAUUGACUCUGGUAGAUAUCAAGAAGUUAGUACAACUUAGUGCCCACUUGUUCCAUUAUUUGCCCCUCCCUCAUCUUGUUCUCAUUCAUCAUCACAUUUCCCAUAAUUUUAGUGUCUGCUUCCUUGAAACUGUGUAAUGCCCAACUUAUAAUUAAUUCUUGUGCUAUUUUUAUCUUACAACAGCUGAUUAAACCCUUUGCUGUUUUCAAGUCAACUACAGGAUUAGUUGAAAGGUGAUUGAUCCAAGAUUCCAAGUUCAAGCCUCCCUUUUUAGGCAAGUUCUUUUUUCAACAAGUGGGAGCUGGAUGCUUUGAUAUUAAUGCUGCCUUUCAUGCAAGAGGUGAAGCUUCUAGUAUGUAUAAUGAGUCAGAAAUGAAUGAUCCAACAAUGUGCAUUGUGUUCCCUCUUUAUUUGUCUCAAGUCACAACCAAGAUUACGGCACAAACACAGUUGCUUUAGCUGCUGCUUUACUUAAGAAUGGAUUGACUUGCAAAGUAGCUUCAAGAUCUAACAACUUGAUGAAAAAUGGUGGUGCUCACAGGAUCUGUCAUAUGCUCAUAGUUGCAGCUACGACCUACUACCCCUCCAAAGAAUGCCCUCUCUAGUAAGGACAUGGAUUUUCUUUGAGUUUUUCUUAUAACUUCCACUGAUCAAUUCCCUUAAUCAAGGACAAUUCAAGGAUAUAUAUGAAAGUGGGUGGAGUAAUGCUUCAAGGCAGCAUUAUGCGAAAAUCAUUUCAAGGAUUCCUUUGUUGUAUACAUCCAUCCAUCUGGCGUUGAGAAAAGUCUUCAUGAACUCAUACACGAACUGCAUGGGGCUUGGACUUUGAAAUAUAUCAAGUCAGGGGAGCUUUAAAUAAUGGCUAGUGGCUGGUUUUGAUCUUCAUUGCAAAAACAGUAGAGAGACAGUGAGAGUGAGUUGCAACAGCAGCAAGUAAGCUCGGUAGAGGAGUUAGUUCUGCCAGAUGGUCAACAGUGAUUUGGUCUCCAGUUCUUCUUGGAACACAAUGAGCACACUUGGUGAGAUUUAUCCCAAUUUGAUGGGAGGUUUUGACUUCCAGCUUUAUUAUGGUGAUGACUAUGAAAUUAGUGAUCCAAGAAUUUAUUCUUGAUGACUUAUUGUUGUGUACAACCUUUGGUGUUUCCUAAAGUAGAAGAAACUUUGUUGUUGAGUUUGAUUAGUUUCCAUUUAAUUGGGUACAGAGAGAAGAAGAAUACUUGUUGAGUGUGGUAUUUGGUAAGCCUCUUUGGAACAGUGUAUUAUACAUAGAUUGGCUUUUUAUCCAUGCAUCCCCAAAGCUUGAAAAGCUUAUUGUUAUCUUUCUAUUCCAUAUUCAAGUUCAAGUUAUUAGCUGUAUUGUACUCUUAGAAAUGGACUAUAAUUGGACUUGUGUAUACCAUCAAGUCAUCAACAGUCCUGCACAUCACUUAUAAAAAGUUAACACAAGA